AUGUCGUACUUAAGGCAAAUUUACUUUUCCAAUAAUCAUACUAUUAAAACUUUUAAUAAUACUAUCAUUAGAAAAUUAUUUUCUACUGAUGUAUUAAAAGAAAAUUGUAUUAAAAAAAUUUAUGUUGAUGGCAGUUGCAAACAACAUUUAAAAGAUGGUCGUGAUGCUGGAAUUGGUGUUUAUUGGGGAGAUAAUGAUUCAAGAAAUAUAUCUUUAAAAUUAUCUGGUAAUCAUACAAAUAUAGUAGCUGAACUUUUUGCAACAUUAUAUGCUUUAAGGCAAAUAAAAGAAUUAAAAAUUGAGGAUGCUUAUAUAUAUUCUGAUUCAGAAUUUGUUGUAAAAAGUAUUAAUGAAUGGUCUAAAAAGUGGGAACAAAAUGGAUGGUUAACAACAAGUAAAAAAAAAGUGGCACAUCAUGAUUUGUUACUUGAGAUACUUGAUUUGACAGAAUCCACAGGAACUAAAAUAUGUCAUGUAAAAGGACAUUCAAAGGAUUAUGGUAAUGAACAAGCACACAAAUUGGCAUAUAGUGCUUGUAAAAGUUCUUAA